AUGAAGAUUGCAACGGGUUGUAUGCAUUCUGCGGUCUCAGUAAAAAAGUAUACGGUGCCCCCUGGUUCCAGAAGACGACAAAAAAAGAUGCCAUCAUAUAUCCAAGUGGAAGCGGACGGAGGCCGGCGGGCCCCGUGGGAAGGCCAGCUGCAAGGCAAGGGGACCAGCGGCAGCAGGGCAUGGUGGGUGCUUGUCAAGGGUCGCUUGGACAGCCCAUGGGAGCCACACGAAGAGGAGGAGCUCGUGGCCUUCAUCGACGCCGGGAAGCCGACGGGCGAGGGCAAGGAGCUUGCAUGGCCGAGGCACGGGCGCGACGAGAAGUGGACCUGGAACAGGCUGCAGGUGACCGCGGUCCGCCAUCCUCCCCCUCACCCCCAUCUCAUCGGGGUAUACGCCCACACGAUCGAUAACUGCUGGCAGCACACCACGAGGCCUCGCAAGGGCAGUGCACCCCGCAUCGCCCCAGGUACGCGCCGUGGGCAUGACCAGGAGUGGACGCUUCUGGGCGGAGUGGAGGGAAAGGAGGGUCAUCCCACCAAAGAGUUCGAAAUCCACGUAGACUGCCAGCCCAGGAAGCCAGUUGUGUUCAUGUACUCCGACGGCGAGAUCACGCUGCUCUACCAGAAAGUCCAGUACAUCAUCAUGACGAAGUGGGAGUUCAACGACCGCGUCAUGAUGAUGUUGCUCAGCAAACGGUAUUUCAACAAGGUGUACUUUCAUCACUCUCACGGAGAGGGAGCCCUCCACGACAGAGAUCAUGCGCACAAGGUGCAGAAGGAAAAGGCUGAUUUGGCUGACCGCGUAAGGUGCUUGGGGAAGCUUCUUGACAGCAACGCUUCUCUCGACCUCCAGGCGUUCGUGUGCAAGACUGUGAUGGGAAUGAUGAGCGGCGAGGUGGACGAGGACGGGGAUCUCUGCACGCUGGCCCUCGAUUCCCUCGUGAAGCUGCUCAAGAAGAACAACCUGUUCAUUGCCACCUACGCCACCGCGGCGUUGGUGAACCUCAGCAAGGACCGGCCCGUCGUGAAGGGGAUCCUGCUCGGGAUGCACAUCGCGGACCUGUGCAUGAAGAAUUUGGACACCAGGGACGAGGACCUGAUGGUCUACACCCUGAUGCUGGUGGCCCACCUCACGAAGGCCGGCCUCGGAAACGGGGGCCGCGAGGCGUGCAGGGUUCCGAGGGCCGAGUCGGCGUUGGGCAUAAUCAGCCGUGCGCUCCUCGCGGCGCACGUCGGCGCAGCUCGCCUGCGCCUCCGCGCCGCCGCCGGUGAGCAAGCGAGGUACUACCGCUCGGACAGCAACAGCGACGCCGUCAUGUACAUAUACCCGAAGCGGGCGCAGAAUUUCCUCAUCGUCACCACGGACCUGGAGGAGAACCAGUACGACGACACCAACACGGUGCUGGUGUACGCCCUGAUCAGCAGGCAGGAGAGGGAGGCGUUCGAGCGCGAGGGGGUGCUCCCGCAGAGGAAGGUGGCCUGGACCGUCCUCGCCAUCGACAAGGGGAAGGGGCACGCCGCGACGCUGACGAUCGACGUGCUGGGAGCCGCGGGCGCAGGCGCGCAGAAGGCCGACCACGCGGUGACGCUGAGAGUGACGGUGGACCAGGGCGGCCAGCUCAAGGCGAAGGAUGCCAAGGGCGCGAGGGGCAAAAAGGAUGAGAAGGACGCGAGGUCUGAAAACAGAGCAAAGGAUUCAUGGCAAGAUACUGUCGAGGGCGACUACGUGUCGAUGAAGAAGACAGAGUUUGUGUUUGAGAAAAAAGGCCUUAAGAGGAAAGAGCAGGUGUACAUCAAGGCUCUGGACGGACCAAGAUGGUGGUGCAUCGGCAACAAGCUUCGAGAGAUGGACCCGUCGUGCUCGGUGAAUCACGACUACGAGGUCCCACAGAGGGAGUACGACGCUCCAUCCCACCCCGACGUCGUGGCCCACAACUGGAUAGAUCCCGCUGAUACCCCCGACGAGGAGGGAUACCCUCCGUUCGACAAGUGGGAGAUGACAAAGGUUGAUGCGUUCCAUGAGACUCCACGGGUCACCACACACGUGCUCCACUCCAAGGAGAAGUUACUCGUGCAGCUCUGUAUUGUUAUUGGCCAGCUCGCCAACGAGGAACACUAUCGGGCCCUCUUUCUGUACCACUACAUGCCAAUUGAAUACGGUUCUGAAGUUCGGGAGAACAAGCACACGAUGGAUUGUUUGCUGUUCAUGUUCCACCAGGUUGCCAGCAUCGGAGACAUUCUGAAUGACGUGACAUUCAACAAGCUGAAGCAUCAAGCCCCCUUGAGCAAGGUAGUCUUCGCGAUGAAGCAGCUCUGCGCGAACGACACGGAGCAGAAGAAGAAGGUCGGCAAGAGCGUCAUCGUGCCGCUGGUGCGGUGCCUGCACACCUGCCACCCGGCGAAGGAUAAGCUGCUCACGGAGCUCGUCUUCCAGAGCUUCACGCUGCUCCAGAUGACGUUGUCCGCCGUCUGGGAGAACAUGCAGCUGUUGCUCAGCGUUCAUCGGGGGGAGAACGAGUCCAAGCUGGAGGACGCGAAGGACCUCAAGAAGGAGACGAGCAACUAUGCGGUCGAGGCUCUCUCCAGGACUUGAAAUUCGCCGACUUCCACAAUACAUCGAUAGGGCAGGAGAGUUGGGAGGCCAAGGUCGACAUGAUGAUUGCAGACAUCUACGCUGUCCAUUGCAGGCUAAAGCAGUCCUGAAAAGCCGAACCAGCGCUCGCGCGCGUGAUGGCAAGGUGGAGAUUGAUGUGCCUUGCGUCCUGCGGAAAA